AUGGAGAAAGCAGGGGGCAAGAACCGCCUCGUUCAGACGCGCUCAGACCCUGCGGCAUAUCCACAUCAAGGGUUGGAUGGCGCGGUGCAGCGCUUGCUGGAGGGUGCGCCUUCGACGCCGCCUCCGAAGAUCCUCGGUGAGGGUUCUGCAGACUCCCAUCCACAAGAUGAUGAGAUGGAGCAGUACCAUGUGCCCUCCGAUGGCGUGGUCCGGGAUCUGGAGCAGAUCACCUUAGAGGCCGGGCCAUCAUUGCAGAUCCUCCAGUCGCAAGCGCGGGGCACAGAGAUCAGCGGAGCUGCUUUAGAGGCGAUGGGCGUCUACACUAGCAGGCUCGACGCCAUCCGGUGGAUCAGCAGUCAGUUCUCUGCCUUCGGUUUCCGUGACGAGUGGUUGGCAGACGCCAUCUUUUACAUGGACCGCUUAGCGGUGAACAUGCACAGAAGCCCAAAUUUUAUGCCGCUGGGCCAAGUGGACAGCCCUGAGCAGCAAGCGGCGGCAGAGGUUAUGGGGCACCAGGAUCUUUGGUUGGCCUCCGUGAUGAUUGCCCUGAAGAUGUCCGAAGCUGAAUCUGAGCUGGAUAGCAGCAUCCAAGAUCUUGUAGUGCCAUUGGUCCCUUUUGAAGCCAACGGCGCCAAGUGCAAUCGCACAAGGUGGAACAGGAUCAAGCGUUCGGAGUUCCUGGUGAUGCGUCAGCUGGACCGCCGCCUUGUGGUGCCAACAGCUGUGCAGUUCAUUCAGGCUUUUUGCAGGGAGUUGCACAAGGGCGUCCUUGAUGUGAGCCCGGCUGGGAGAUGGUAA